AUGGGCGGCUACUUUGCAAAAAUUCCAGAAUCUACAGUCCAAUGGCUUUUGAACCAGAAAGUCUUCUGGGUAGCUACGGCGCCUUUGUCCCCGACGGGACACAUCAACAUCUCACCCAAAGGAGGCCCCGACCGUUACUUUGGAUUGACUGCCGACAACCGCCAGUUCUGGUACCUUGACCUCACAGGCUCAGGUAGCGAGACUGUCAGCCACCUGUACGAAAAUGGCCGUAUCACCGUCCAGUUUAACGCAUUUGAGGGGGCUCCGAGGAUCAUGAGGUUGUAUGGAUAUGGGAAAGUUCUGGAAUACGGGACCUCGGCGUUUAAGAAAUUCGUCGACCAGUAUAGUAUCGACACGAUCCCGGGUUCUAGAACGAUCAUUCUGGUGGAUAUACACCAGGUGGGAUUUGCAUGCGGAUACUCGGUGCCGAAAUAUGAAUUCAAGGAGCAUAGAACUGUUCUGAAUGACCAAUUCGCGAAGAAAGAACAGAAAUACCUCGCAGGGGAUGAAAAGGAGGAUAUUACAAGAUACUGGGCAGAAAAGAAUUCAUACAGUAUGGAUGGUCUCCCCGGUACUCUAAUAGCUAUAGAUACCAGUGAAAAGAAGGGAAUCAAACCACUACAAAAGAUGGAAGGUCCCCAUGCACCUGCUAGGAACCUGCGCCCGCCGGUAGGCUACAGAUUGGAGCAAAUGAUUCUGGUUGCCAUCAGUAGUGCUCUCGUCGCCACACUGCUAGUGCUAUAUGGACCGCGCGUUGAUUUGACUGUUCUGAAAAGGGGGAAAGAGUUCUGA